CCGAGCGUGGCUGGCUGUCGGCGCGGCGCCAGGGCCAGGCUGGCGAUGGCGAUGGGGAUGUGGACGCGUUGCGGCUGCGGACCGCUGCUGUUGUUGCUGCUACUGGGACAGGACAGUUCGUGGUCUGUCAGGCUGAGGGAAGGCUGGCAGGUCUACAGCUCGGCCCAGGACCCUGAUGGAAGAUGCAUCUGCACAGUGGUGGCUCCGGAGCAGAAUCUGUGCUCCAGGGAUGCACGCAGCAAGCAACUGCAACGGCUCCUCGAAAAGGUGCAGAACAUGUCUCAGUCUAUUGAAGUUCUGAAUCUGAGGACUCAAAGAGAUUUCCAGUACGUCUUGAAAAUGGAGACUCAAGUGAAAGGAAUGAAGGGGCAGUUCCAGCAAAUUGAGGACAAUCGGAAGAGUCUGUUGUCAAAACACUUCCAGGAGCUGAAGGAGAAGAUGAAGGAGAUGCUGCCGUUAAUCCCUGUGCUGGAACAAUACAAAACAGACAGCAAGCUCAUCCUACAGUUCAAAGAGGAGGUGAAGAACCUGUCAGCAGUUUUGACAGGAAUCCAGGAGGAAAUCGGGGCUUACGACUAUGAAGAACUUCAGCACAGGGUGUUGAACCUGGAGGCCAGACUCCAAGACUGUGUGAAGAAACUCUCCUGUGGCAAGUUGAUGAAAAUUAGUCUGCCGAUCACAGUGAAGACAUCCGGAACCAGGUUUGGAGCAUGGAUGACUGACCCUCUGGCAGCACAGAGAGAUGACAAGGUGUGGUACAUGGAUGGAUACACAAGCAGCAAGGUGGUGCUGGAAUAUCAGUCCAUGGCGGGCUUUGUCAGUGGGGAGGAUUACAGGCAGUACCACCUGCCCUACCCAUGGGCUGGCACCAAUCACCUGGUCUAUAAUGGCUCCCUCUACUAUAACAAGUAUCAAAGCAACACGCUGAUCAGGUACAACUUCCAUACAAGUUCAGUAGGGGCGCAACGCAGCCUCGACUACGCUGGCUUCAAUAACAUAUACCCCUACACCUGGGGCGGCUUCUCUGACAUCGAUCUCAUGGCUGACGAGGGUGGGAUCUGGGCUGUCUAUGCAACCAACCAGAAUGCAGGAAACAUUGUCAUCAGCCAGCUGGACACGCAGACGCUGCAGGUGCAUCGGACCUGGAACACAGGUUACCCCAAGAGGAGUGCCGGAGAGACAUUCAUGAUCUGCGGAACUUUGUACGUCACCAACUCCCACCUGACGGGUGCUAAGGUCUACUACGCGUACUCCACCAAGACCUCCAGCUAUGAGUACAUUGACAUCCCCUUCCACAAUCAGUACUCCCACAUCUCUAUGCUGGAUUACAAUGCCAGAGACCGCACGCUAUACGCAUGGAACAACGGCCAUCAAGUGCUCUUCAAUGUCACCUUGUUCCAUGUUAUUCAGACCCAGGGAGAAAUGGAGACUCCUGGGGAGCAGUAACUGGUGAAAGCCUCCAAAAACAAAAUAAGAUUUUCAAACCUUCCUUUUCCUGUUGUGAGUCGUUAGUAAAAUAAUGCCAAGGCUUUUAACAAAUCUGUAUGUAAACAGUGUGACAGUUCCCAUCUUAGAAUGGCUGCUCUACUGGAGAAACAUUCUGUCCCUUUACCGUAGACAAGGAAACUUCAGUAAAACCCACGAUAAUCCAGUGUGUUUGAGACUUUGGUGAAUGUGGUCUUGGCUGCUGAACCAAGUAAUGCAACAACUUGCAGAUAUACACACUUUUAAUUCACUUUUUCACAAUUAAAUAGCAGCAUAAUACAUUUCCAAGACAACACAGUGAGGCUGGGAAAUGGAAUCCCAAUGGUGUGCACAGGAAAUGGAACCACGCGAAGAG